CGUAUGUUCUAACAUAAUAUUCCAAUAAUCGAACUGAUGAAUCAAUCUCUACCGAUGAUGAAUCUUUGAACUGAAAGGAGACAAGAAAACAAUACAUCAAAUAUUUUCAACCAUAAUGGGAAGCUAGUCGGUCACACUUCACCAGUGGCCUUUGUUUUUGGGUUGUUUCGUUGAAGGGUCCCAAAUCAAUGGUAGGGAAUACUUUCUCCUUAUCUCUUUCUCUCUCACUCCAAUAUAUAUAAUGAUGAACCUUCACUUCCUUUUAAACAUCACACAAUCAUCAGUUUACACCCUAAAUCCCCCAUAAUAAGAAAAAACAAAAAAAAUCUUGUUUUAUAAACACACAUUAAAGAAUGAAGGAGAAGUCGAAGGAGGAGGCAGUGAAGAAUUGGGACAAGAAGAAGAACAAGCCUUCUUCACCAAAAGGAGUUGGAGAGUUUCUGAAAAAGAAGAAAGGAAGGUUCUACAUUAUUGGGAAAUGUAUUACUAUGCUUCUUUGUUCUCACAAGUGACCAUCAACACACACAUUUUUAUACAUAAAUGUUAUCAUGUAUAUACAUAGAUGAUGAUAGAGGUAUAAAAAGGAGAGAGCUCACAUACUUACAUCUUUGACAUUUCGGUGUUUAUCUCUCUUUUUAUGUAAGUGUGUUGUUGUUGUCGUUGUCGUUAUAUAUAAGGGAAAUAUAUCACUAAAUUCUUCUUGUGAACUAAAUAUAUAACGGAAUACUAUCUCCCAUAUUUGUAGAAUUUAUAUUAAUGUAUAAGGUUUUAGAGAGAAAAAGACAAAGAGAGGAUGCUUUAGUACUAUGGAAAUUGUAGAUUACUAACAUGCACACAAAAAUGUUUUCUAUAAAAAAGAAGUUGGAUUCACUUACAGUUAGAAUUAGCCAAUUAGGUUAAGGAAGGAAAAGGAAACUGUAAGUAAGGGGAAAAAUAUAUCAGUCUCAACAUGUGUUAAUGCGCUUGGGCCUAUUUUGAUUAUGUUAGCUGGUCAUUAUCGUUUAGUUUAACCGUUAGUCUCUCCACAAUAUAUCUGCAGUGUUGUUUUUCUGAUUACCUCAUGAUUCCAACAUUUUUCACUAUAUAU